AUGCGGCGAAAAAAUGUUAACAUACGGCCAUACGGCAAUUCAACAAAUAAGCAGAUAACUCUGGAAUCUGCAAGCAUAAUGCAAAUUAUUGGCAACUGUAAGCCGGUGGCUCUACUGAUUGUGGUGGUCAUGUGGUGCAUAGCUUUUACCAGUGCUCAACCAGGAUUUUUGAGCAUUGACUGCGGGGGAUUACUAAACCGCACAGAUCCUGAGACCAAUAUUACAUGGGUUACAGAUGAUAAUUACAUACGGGGCAGUGGGAUUAGGGAAAAUAUAAACAACGCUACUUCCCCAUUUUACUUGCAAAGCGCGCGAGUUUUCCCUUAUCCUACCAACAAGUCCUGCUUUGAAAUACCGCUCACCCCCAACAUCCCGCACCUUUUAAGACUCUGGUUUAAUGCAGGCAAUUUCAAUGGCCUCCAACAAAUUCCACGCUUCGAUUUAUCUUAUGAGACGACAGAUAUGUUGUCAAUGGGUCAGGUCCGAUUCGAACAAAUGCCAGCAUGGGGUGAGAGGGUCCUCGUUAGUUCUGGAAAUGUGGUCUAUGUUUGUUUGAUCCGAAAGUCAGACGAAGAUAAUCUAUUUAUCUCUGCUAUUGAGCUCAGAACGCUUGAAAAGGGAAUGUAUGAUGUGGUUAAGCCGGGGCAAUGGUUGCGUUUAUUGUUAAGGACUGAUGCAGGUGCGAAUUCGGCGAGUCGGUAUCCUAAUGACCGGUUUGACCGGCAGUGGAAUUCAUCAUCAACUGGAGGAGCAGAGAAUGUACAAGUUAAGUAUUCAAUUUCUAUUGACAACGCCAAAAACCUUCCUCCAAAUCCUGUAAUGCAAACAGCCCUGGUCAGCAACAGCGAUAUAAUGAGUUUCUCCCUCCCGCAAUACCGCACACCAGAAAGGAUCAAAUCUUUUGUUUUGUUUUUAUAUUUUGCAGAAAUUGAAACAUAUAAUGCAUCCGAGCCCAGAAUUUUCCACCUUUCGAUGAAUAAUGUAACCCGUGUUCAUAAUAUCACUCUACAAGGAGAUUUUUCUGCCAGAGAAUUAGAGUUGGAAUCUGAAACACCAGAUAAUUACUUUGCGCUCCAGAAGAAUUCUUUCUCUACUCGGGGCCCUACUAUCAAUGCUUUUGAAUAUUAUAUCCUACUUCUCACACAUACUUUAACCUUUCCAGCGGAUGCUCAAGCUUUGGCCACUUUGAAACAAAGAUUCAAUAUUAAAGAUUGGGUUUCGGAUCCUUGCUUCGUUGUAGCAUGGGACGGAAUCCAGUGUAUGAACAUAUCUUCAACUGUGAGGGUCGCAGAAAUAGAUUUGUCGAGAAGGAAUCUGACAGGAACGAUACCGCCCUCUCUUGGACAGAUGACAGAACUCGUUCAAAUAUCUUUUGAUGGUAACAAUCUGAGUGGAGCAUUUCCAAAUUUGUCGAGCCUAACCAAGUUGGAGAGACUGUACCUGCAAAAUAACAACUUAAGUGGAACAAUUCCAGACUGGCUAUCCGAACUAGAGAAUCUUAAAGAGUUAGAUAUAGCCAACAACAAUUUCAGUGGCGUAAUUCCUCAACGGCUGCUAGAUAAGCAGCAUUCAUUGAAAAUCAAUUACAGUGGCAACUACUACCUUUGUAUGAGGAAAGGGGAAUGUAUCCCGUCCAGUUCGGGAGGAUACAAACUGAAGGUUAUCCUAGGGGUUGUUGUAAGCGGAUUUGGGAUAAUCGGAUUGGCUAUUUUAAUUGGUGCUCUUAUUUAUCGAAAGAAAAUAUUUAAGAGACGAAAUCCAAACAAAAUUCCAAAUUACUCAGAGGUUUUGGUACCAAGUAUAUCAAAAUCUCGUGCUUUUUCGCUAGAUGAGAUAAAAAUAGCUACAGAAGACUUUAGCCAUAACAUCGGACAAGGUGGCUUUGGGUUUGUGUUCUGGGGUAAAUUACGAGAUGAAAAGCAAAUAGCAGUUAAAAUUGAUCUUCUGUCCAGAGUCCAUCAUAAGAACUUGGUGGCUUUGCUGGGUUAUUGUAAUGAAUCAAGAGAUCUCAUGCUUAUCUACGAGUACAUGCCUGGGAGCUCCCUGAAUCACCGCCUCUAUGGUAAAUUUUUGCUUCACAAUUUUGUGUCACUAUUAGAAUGGAAAAUACGGCUUAAAAUAGCUUUGGAUGCAGCACAAGGACUUGAAUACCUGCACGUUGGCUGCACCCCAAAAAUCAUUCACAGAGACGUAAAGACGGCAAACAUCCUUUUGGAUGCUAAUUUUAAUGCCAAACUGGCUGAUUUCGGACUGUCAAGAGUAGCAACGGAUGACGAGGCUUCUCAUGUUGUCACUGAUGUGAAAGGAACUGCCGGAUAUUUGGAUCCCAACACUCACAUGUUGACAGACAAGAGUGAUGUGUAUAGCUUUGGGGUGGUUCUGCUAGAGAUCAUAUGCGGCAGGAGACCUGUUGAUUUUAAACAGUCUGAAGAGAAAAUUGACCUGGUCAAAUGGGUCGCGCAGCAUUUUGAGCGGGUUAAAGAUUCGGAGGAAGUACUAAAAACAGUAGACAAGGAGCUGCUCGAAGAUGACAACUUAAAAUCUAUUAUUAGUGUAAUCAAAUUAGCCAUGAAAUGUAUCGUAGAGGAGCCAUCCUGUAGGCCCGGUAUGAGUGAGGUGGUGAUGGAAAUUAAAAGGGCUAUGAAAUAUGAGAAUGACAGUGCUGCAUCUACACUUUGA